AUGACAACAAAUCAGCUGAAUGUUGAUUAUGAUAGCAAAACUGAAGAAUGUGGAAGGAUAAGCCAAGACAGACCAGUACCUAAUUCUCCGGUAAAUGAAACAAACACCCAGCAAAAAUGUUGUACAAAAGAUGAAAAUGUAGACUAUACAAUACUCGAUAGAUAUUUAGCUAAAAUCCACUCAAAUAUGGAUUCAAGAUAUCCACCUCCGGGAAUACAAUAUCUAGAUUCACGUAAACCGAGUUCUUUGUUCCCAUCGAAAAUGACAUUUCCUUUAAAUAAUACAGAUAAAAAUAAUGAAAUGAUCGAGGGAAAUAAAAAUGUUGGUUUCGAUUUUACAAAGAUUUAUCAAAAACACGAUUGGAAUAUUCCACUGACUCCGUCACUUCAAAUUACACUUACACAGAAUUUCUGUGCUUAUUUUUAUUAUCGUUAUUGUAAUUCAAUGGGGGACACUGUGACGGAAAAUGUUAAAAGUCAAGAGAAGCCAUUAUCCUCCUCCUCAUCAGCAGCGGCAGCACAAGUUGAAAAGACACAUCAAAGAAGAAGGCGAAAAUCAUCAGAACAUAUUCAACGGAAUAUAUCAUCGCCAACAAUGCAGUUGUCCUGCUCCUCCUCAUCAUCAUCGUCAGUAUCAUCAGCAGCAUCAAUUUCGUCGUCGUCCAUGUCCUCGCUGUCAUCCCCGUCACAUCUAUCGGCAUCUGUUCAUCAACACUCAGUUAGAAAUAGAAAAUAUAAACACUCUGACAAAAAGAGAAAGCAUCGUUUUCAGCGUAGUAACUUAUGUCCAUUCUUUUUUGUUGGGAGUUUAUCAAGCGCUAUAAAGCUGUCAGAACGUCCAAAUGGUAGACCUUGGCCUGUUGUACUACUUUACCUACAUCAUGAAGAAAGUCCGUAUACACAAGAAUUUGUUACUAAAAUACUGUGCUCUACAAACGAUGAUACCUUGAAACAACAUACCCGAGAACACGAAGAAGAAGAAGAAGCGGUGCAAGAGCGUUCUUUUGAUUAUCAUCAUUCCUAUAAACACCAUCGCCACCAUCAACAGCAACAACAACAACGACACCAGCAUCAAGGCAAAGGAGAUAAACAAAAUCUACACAGAAAAGAACAUUUCAACAUAGAUAAUGAUGAUGAUGAAAACGCAGAAAACGUAGCAGAAGAGAAAAUGUCCACUGGAUUAAACGAUGCAUUAUCUGAUAAACUAAAUGAUUUCAACAAUGACGUUAUCCUACCACAACUAUCAAACUCUUCACUGAUUACUUGUGAAAGCAAUGUAAAGGAAAGUAAUAAUGAUGAGUUAACAGCAAAUCUAUCUAAUUCCACACAUAAAUCAACACAAUCAGUAAAAAUUAAAGCUAAUUUAAAUUUAUCUAACGCUUAUACGAGCGAUAAUUUAAACAUUAAAACAAAAUCUAUUGAUUCCAUUGAACAUUUAUCCUACUGUUCAUUGGCGGAAGAGAAGACUUCACACAGAAACCCUGCAACAGCAGACGAAGAAGAAGAAUAUGAAGACGUUAAAAUAAAAACAAAGCAGAAGAAAUCCCUUCAGUCACCUACAUUCUUUCUAAAGUCAAUAAAACAUUAUUGGAAGUCUAUUGUCUGUAAAAAGGAAACUUUAGAUCACUUGUCAGGAAAAAUUUCACAUCUUCACUAUGAUACUGAAAAUUUAAAUGAAAAAGAACUUGACAAGAAGAAAUUGAAUGCGUCAGACAGUCAAACAGGUAAUAGUUCGACAACAGAAGUGGUAAACUACAGUCAGCCACUUGAAACAACAACAACACCUGGUACAAACAUCAAUGCAGAUUUUAUAACUGAUGAUAUCUAUAUUACAAAUUACAAGUCGAAACAUUUUCGUGGUCUGUUGUUUGAACGAAGUGCAGGUUUAUUUCCAUGGGAUUGUACACAAAUUGAAGCACGUGCCUACUUAAUGUCAGCUUUUCCUGGUACACGAUUAGCGCAAUGGUUAAAGGAAUGGAAACAUCCAAGUCAUUAUCCAACUUUAAUUGCUAUUGGACGAACCGCUGAAGGUGACAUAGUCUGUAGUCGUCUGCAUGGUUCAACCGCUUCACUUGACAAUGCAUUAUACUGGUUGAACAAUGUAACCUUAGCACAUUUUAAUAAUUAUCGACAAUUUACAAAGCCUAGCUGUCCAGAGAAAACUGAGAAAUUCCUACUGGCCUCAACAGCAGCAUCAUCUCCACCACCGUCAUCAGAAGCAGCAUCAUUAUUACUACAAGCGAAUGACACCUGCCUACUUAAUUCAACUAUCCAUUUGACUAUACCGCCAACAAAUGGGAAUGAUGACGGCGAGACGAUACAAUGUAAAGUUUAUAAUAAAAUACCUAAAAGUAGUCAUCAUCAACCGCCGGAGUUGAAUCAUAGUCCCAUAGCCAUGGAUGAACGUUCCAGUCAAAUCGAUGGUAUACGUGUUACACGGAAUAUUAACAGCAGGCAAUUAAAGUCGACAAUAAUUCAAGAUGAUUUCAAAUAUCGUAUUAUAAAAUCACCAAAAGUUGAUGAAGAAGCUUUAUCAUCACUUUUCGAACUUCCUCAAGAAGUUGAACCAAACCGACCUCGUGAAAGGUAUAAAAUCAUUCAAAAAAGCUUUAAAAGUGUCACUGAAAAGAUGAAUAAACCUGAGAAAUAUGAUGCCCUGCUUAAAACUAACCGUACAAUGAUCAUCAGGCCAAAGCUGUCGAAACAGUUAUCACGUUAUCAAAAGUCACACUUUAAUGCUAAAUAUCGCAUGUACAAGACAAACGAUCCAUAUGUUAACAAGUUACAAUUGAUGAAAACAAAAGAAACUAUCUCAAAAGAUGGAUACGACAGGCGAUUACAACGACUUCAUCGUCAUGCUAAUGAUGAUGACGAGAAUGUUGAUGAUGAUAUUGAGUCUGCUGAUGAUAACAAUGAUAUUGAUAGCUGUGAUAAUGACGAUGAACAUGCCAAUGAUUUUGUUAAUGUUAAUAUGAAUGAGAAUGAUCAAUCUUCACUAACAGACAGUAGUAGUAGUAGUAGUAGUAGUAGAAGUAUUAAACAAACGAGUAAUAGUCAACUGGAGGACUAUUUGAAAAGUUGUAUUAUCAAAGGAUCGCAUUCCAUUCAAGAAUUAUUUAAACUUUCUGAUAUAUUUGAAUAUGGCCAAAAUGUUGAAGAGGUAAAAAAUGACCAAAGUGUCAAUCAGAAUGAUGAUGCCUUUUAUCAUUCUUAUAAUAGUAGUAGUAGUGGCUGGGGGAAAGAAUUAAAACCAGUCGAGUUUUUACAAGUAUUUAAUCAACAGUAUGUUUGCGAUCUACCGUGUAAUCCAUCCUUUUUGAUCGGUCGUUUAUCAACUGCAGUGAUACGCAGUUUUGAUUUGAACAAAUUCAAGCAAAUUCGACCAUUACUUAUCUAUCUACACGAUAGUCAAGCAGAUGGUGCUAUGCACUUCGUUUCAAAUGUAUUAUGCUCAAAACGCUUUACAGGCAGACUUUAUGAAAAUAACCUAUUGAUAUGGCCAUUAGAUCUGACUAAUAUGACAAAGAAGAAUAUUAUUCAACAACUUGAAAAACAGAAAAGACAAUCUCACUCUUCGGCAUCUUACCAUCAUCCCUGUCCUCAUCCUCCUCCUCCUCCGCAUAGCUCACUUCAAAAGCGAAAUUCACACGAUAUACUGACGUCAUCAGUGGUGAGACAGUCAAAGUCAGAUGUGAUAUCAAGAUUUCAAGCAAGUAAUAAACAUCAUCACCUUCAACGACAACAACAACGACAUUCUCAUUAUCAUCAUUCAGAUGGAUAUACACCACGGGAUGACGAUUACUCACUAAAGUCAUCUGUAACAACUUCACGUACAGAAUUUUAUACUGGACAGUAUGAAUCUUCACUAGAUAAUGAAAACAACGUUAACAAGUCUACUACACAAAAUAACAAUAAAAAUCAAUUUGGAAAGAAUAAAGUAUCAAUAAAUGCGCAAAGGUUAUUUAGCUGUUUUGAGAAACACCCAGCUGGUGAAACAUUUAAACAGAUUGUAAAGAUAUCUGCAUUACCUGUACUUGUCAACUUAAAGUGGCAUAAUGAACAUUUCUUGGUAUCACAUUUAUUACUACCAUCUUCAACAACUAAAGAAAGUCUAAACUGGCUUGGAUCAGUUUUAAAGCUAUACGCGAAUGAAGUUUCUUUGUGUUAA